AUGCGCCCAGGCCUCGUUCGCUGGCUCGGCGCGUCCGUGCGGCGCGCUCACGAGAAUCCCCUGGGCCUCCCGCGCAACAACGAACGCGUCCCACCGACGAUGCCACGGCGCGGCGGCACGCAGCCCCGGCGGCGGAUUCCCCACGUGAAGCAGAUCGUCGCCGUGUCGAGUGGAAAAGGCGGGGUUGGCAAGAGUACGGUGGCCGUCAACCUCGCGCUGGGCCUCGCGGCCACGGCCAAGGACGCGCUGGGCCGCCGCGCGCGCGUCGGCCUCCUGGACCUCGACGUGUUUGGACCGAGCAUCCCCAAGCUCAUGCAGCUUGAAGAUCUCGGCGAGCCGGAGCUCACCAAGCAGGGCGCCCUGAUCCCCAUGACGAACUACUCGAUCCCAUGCAUGUCGAUGGGCUUCCUUCUCCCGCCGGCCGCAGCAGGGUCCAACGCAGACACGCCCGUGGUAUGGCGCGGGCUCAUGGUGAUGAAGGCCGUGCAGCAGCUUCUCUUUGACGUCGACUGGCGCGCGGGCAUGACACCAGAUACCGACCCCCAGACGGCGGGCCUCGACCCCCUUGAUGUGCUCGUCAUCGAUAUGCCUCCCGGGACCGGCGACGUCGCCCUCAGCCUUAGCCAGCUUGUGCUGGUCGAUGGCGCCGUGAUCGUCAGCACGCCCCAGCAGGUGGCCCUCGUCGAUGCGCGCAAAGGCAUCAGCAUGUUCCAAAAGGUCCAUGUCCCCAUCCUCGGGAUGGUCCUCAACAUGUCGCACUUUCGCGCGCCUGACACAGGAAACGAGUACCCGCUUUUCGGGCCGCCGGCCCACUUUGACGAACUCGCGCAGCGCCUCGACGUGCCCAUCCUCGCGCGUGUCCCUCUCGAAAUGGCCGUGAGCCACGGCGGCGAUGCUGGCCUCCCAGAGGUGCUCCGCCCUCAGCGCGCGGCGCCAGGCACGAGUCAGCACGUGUUUCUCGAGAUGGCACGGCGCACUUGGGAUCGUCUUGCUUACCACAUGCACCCUACAUAUAAUCCCAAGUAG